GUCAGUGGAGCCGGGAAGGAGGCAGAGGGGCCGGGAGGCGACGGUGGCUCCAGGCAGCCGAGGCCAGGCGGACCCCCAUCCCCAGGGCUCCUGCCGCAGCCUGCGGGGGUGGCCGCAGGGAUGGACCCGGCCGGCGCGAUGCUGCUCCCGCCGCCCGGCCCCAACGCCAGCAACGCUUCGGAGGUGCCCGACAACCUCACCUCGGAGGGGCUGCGUCCCCGCUCUGGGAGCGUUUCCUAUAUCAACAUCAUCAUGCCAUCCGUGUUCGGCACCAUCUGCCUGCUGGGCAUCGUGGGCAACUCCACGGUCAUCUUCGCCGUGGUGAAGAAAUCCAAGCUGCAUUGGUGCAACAACGUGCCGGACAUCUUCAUCAUCAACCUCUCAGUGGUGGACCUCCUCUUCCUCCUGGGGAUGCCCUUCAUGAUCCAUCAGCUCAUGGGCAAUGGCGUCUGGCACUUCGGUGAGACCAUGUGCACGCUCAUCACGGCCAUGGACGCCAAUAGCCAGUUCACCAGCACCUACAUCCUGACCGCCAUGGCCAUCGACCGCUACCUGGCCACUGUGCACCCCAUCUCCUCCACCAAGUUCCGGAAGCCGUCCGUGGCCACCCUGGUGAUCUGCCUCCUGUGGGCGCUGUCCUUCAUCAGCAUCACGCCCGUGUGGCUCUAUGCCAGGCUCAUCCCCUUCCCGGGGGGCACCGUGGGCUGUGGCAUUCGCCUGCCCAAGCCCGACACGGACCUCUACUGGUUCACCCUGUACCAGUUCUUCCUGGCCUUCGCCCUGCCCUUCGUGGUCAUCACGGCCGCCUAUGUGAGGAUCCUGCAGCGCAUGGCAUCCUCCGUGGCCCCCGCGUCACAACGCAGCAUCCGGCUGCGGACCAAGCGGGUGACCCGCACGGCCAUCGCCAUCUGCUUGGUGUUCUUUGUGUGCUGGGCGCCCUACUACGUGCUCCAGCUGACCCAGCUGUCCAUCAGCCGCCCCACGCUCACCUUCGUCUACCUGUACAACGCGGCCAUCAGCCUCGGCUAUGCCAACAGCUGCCUCAACCCCUUCGUGUACAUUGUGCUCUGUGAGACCUUCCGCAAACGCCUGGUCCUGUCGGUCAAGCCCGCCGCCCUGGGGCAGCUGCGCACGGUCAGCACCGCCCAGACGGUGGACGAGGAGCGGACAGAUAGUAAAGGCACCUGAAAGAAAGCAAAGCGAAGGGUCUCCGCUGCCUCCAGGACUCGCUGGAAGCCAUUCUGGGAGGCUGCUGGGUGUAUGUGUGGGGAGGAGAGGGUGGUCACUGCAGCUAGGACACCCCCCCUCCCAGGACCCUCACACUACCAGAAACCCCCUUGGCAGCACAGUAGGAACUCU